CCCCCGCGCGACACUCCUGCGGCCCGCUGCCACACCUGCUCACCCAGCCGCGGGCCGUUUCCCAGCGUGCUCUGCGGGAGGGCUCGCCCCGCUCCCCCCCUUUUCCGGCUGCCUCCCGGUAGGGGGACUCCAACUCCCAGCGUCCUCCGGGAGGCAAGGGCGGCUUCAGGCGGUGCGGUCGUCGCCCCGGCCUCGCCCCACCACUCGGCUCCGCCCCCGGCCGCCAAAUUCUGCGCGCGAAUUCCGUGGCGCGAACUCGGGCUGCAGUCGCGCGGUGAGCGGGUACGAGUGUGGUGCCCCGGACGGCGGCGCGCGGGGCAGGCGCGAGGCAGGAACAGCUGACGAGAGAAGAAAAGAACGAGGCAGGAAGGGGAAUUCUGACGCCAUCAUGCAACGAAGUAUCAUGUCAUUUUUCCAGCCCAUGAAAGAGGACAAAGCUAAGAAGCUAGAGAAGGAAACGUCCAACAAUAACAAAGAGACAGAGCCCCCUCCAAAGGUGGCACUGAAGGAGCGGAAUGGAGUGCUGCCUGAAAACGAGUCCCCAGUGAAGAGACCAGGAAGGAAGGUGGCCCGGGUCCUAGGCAGUGAAGGAGAGGAGGAAGACGAAGCCCUCUCGCCCCUUAAGAGCCAGAAGCCUGCCCCAGACUCCCCGCAGGCCUCGCCCUCAAGUCCUGUCACUUCUCCUGAGAGCAGCCCAUCUCCCUCCGAUACCUCUCUUAUGGACAUCUCCCCGUCAGGGAUCCCAAAGCGUCGCACAGCUCGGAAGCAGCUCCCAAAACGAAAAAUCCGGGGUGUCCUGGAAGAGCAGAGUGAGGAGAAGGAAAGAAACAGCAAGAGGAAGAAGGAGGAAGAAGAAGCAGAGACCCCGACAGAGAGCCUCAGAGAGCCUGAAGUGGCAAAAAAGAAAGAAGCAGAAGAGGGUGACCAGCCGAUGACACCCUCUAAAGCCGUCAAGGUCUCCAAAGUAAUGACCCCGACAGAGAGUGUUUCAGAGUCUAAGGUGGCCGUGAAAAAGGCACCGCAGGAGGUGGACCAGAGUAAGCCUUCCCCUAGACCUCCCAAGACGCUCAGCAGCUUCUUCACUCCCCGAAAACCGGCAACCAAAAAAGAAGUGAAAGAAGAGGGGUCGGGUGCUCCAAGAGAGGAUGAAGCCAAGGGACCCCAAGACCCCACCAGCUACAAUCCUGCCAAGAACAACUACCACCCCAUCGAAGAUGCCUGCUGGAAACCGGGCCAGAAAGUCCCUUAUCUGGCUGUGGCCCGGACAUUUGAGAAGAUUGAGGAGGUUUCUGCUCGGCUCCGGAUGGUGGAGACACUGAGCAACCUGCUGCGCUCCGUGGUGGCCCUGUCCCCCGCAGACCUCCUCCCCAUCCUCUACCUCAGCUUCAACCGCCUUGGGCCGCCCCAGGAGGGCCUGGAGCUUGGCAUUGGUGACGGCGUCCUUCUCAAGGCCGUGGCCCAGGUCACAGGUCGGCAGCUGGAUUCUGUCCGGGCCGAGGUAGCUGAGAAGGGUGAUGUGGGGCUGGUGGCCGAGAACAGCCGCAGCACUCAGAGAAUCAUGCUGCCCCCGCCCCCCCUCACGGCCUCUGGGGUCUUCACCAAGUUCCGAGACAUCGCCCGGCUCGCUGGCAGUGCCUCCACCACCAAGAAGAUGGACAUCGUCAAAGGCCUCUUUGUUGCCUGCCGCCACUCGGAAGCCCGGUUCAUCGCCAGGUCCUUGAGUGGACGGCUGCGCCUCGGGCUGGCAGAGCGGUCGGUCCUGGCCGCCCUUGCCCAGGCCGUGAGCCUCACACCCCCAAGCCAAGAAUUCCCCCCGACUGUGGUGGAUGCUGGGAAGGGCAGGACAGCAGAGGCCAGGAAAACGUGGCUGGAGGAGCAAGGCAUGAUCCUGAAGCAGACCUUCUGCGAGGUGCCUGACCUGGACCGGAUCGUCCCUGUGUUGCUGGAGCAUGGCCUGGAACAUCUCCCCAAGCACUGCAGGCUGAGCCCAGGGGUUCCCCUGAAGCCAAUGUUGGCCCAUCCUACCCGGGGCGUCAGCGAGGUCCUGAAACGCUUUGAGGAGGCGGCUUUCACCUGCGAGUACAAAUACGACGGGCAGAGGGCACAGAUCCAUGUUCUGGAAAGUGGGGAGGUGAAGAUCUUCAGCAGAAAUCAGGAAGACAAUACCGGAAAGUACCCUGACAUCAUCAGCCGCAUCCCCAAGAUAAAGAUCCCUUCAGUUACAUCCUUCAUCCUGGACACUGAAGCUGUUGCUUGGGACCAAGAAAAGAAGCAGAUCCAGCCGUUCCAAGUGCUCACCACCCGCAAGCGCAAGGAAGUGGACGCAUCAGAGAUCCAGGUACAGGUGUGUUUGUACGCCUUCGACCUCAUCUACCUCAACGGAGAGUCCUUGCUGCGGGAGCCCCUUUCCCGACGCCGGCAGCUGCUCCGGGAGAACUUCGUGGAGACGGAGGGCGAGUUCGUCUUUGCCACCUCCCUGGACAGCAAGGACAUGGACGAGAUCGCCGAGUUCCUGGAGCAGUCGGUGAAAGACUCCUGCGAGGGGCUGAUGGUGAAAACCCUGGAUGUCAGUGCUACCUACGAGAUUGCCAAGAGGUCACGCAACUGGCUCAAGCUGAAGAAGGACUACCUGGACAACGUGGGUGACACCCUGGACCUCGUGGUGGUUGGCGCCUACCUGGGCCGGGGGAAGCGGGCCGGCCGCUACGGGGGCUUCCUCCUGGCCUCCUAUGACGAGGAGAGUGAGGAGCUGCAGGCCAUAUGCAAGCUUGGAACGGGCUUCAGCGACGAAGAGCUGGAGGAGUAUUCCCAGAGCCUCCAGGCCCUGGUGCUGCCCAGCCCACGCUCCUACGUGCGGGCAGGUGGUGCCGUGACCCCUGACUACUGGCUGGAGCCCAGCACCGUGUGGGAGGUGGGGUGUGCGGACCUCACCCUGUCCCCCAUCUACCCUGCCGCCCGGGGCCUGGUGGAGAGCGAGAAGGGGAUCUCCCUCCGCUUCCCUCGGUUUAUUGGCGUCCGUGAGGACAAGAAGCCAGAGCAGGCCACCACCAGUGCCCAGGUGGCCGUGAUGUACGAGAUGCAGAGUCAGAUUCAGAACCAGCAGGACUCGGAGUCUGACGUGGAAGAUGACUAGGGCCCGUUCUCCCGGAGCCUGGGGUCAGGGAGGAGGAACCAGGGGCCUGCCUCUGGCUUUGAGCAUACCUGCUGUGGCAGUCUGUGUGGGUUUUGUGAUUCAGGUGUGUACAGGGGUGUGGGGGUCUGGUUUAAACUGGGGUUGGGGAUUCAUUUGAA